UGUGAUAGGCUCCAAUGGCGGUUUUGAAAUUCCUUUGGCUUAAAAUAUUAAUUAUUUUUGUCAUAACGAUCAAUGUUAACAAUGGAGGAGUUGAAGCCUCUCACAAGGUUUAUCCUCAAUUUCAGUCUUUUACUCAGUUUAACACCGCCCAACUUCACCGAACUGCCUUUCACUUUCAGCCUACAAAGAACUGGAUCAACGAUCCAAACGGCCCUAUGUACUACAAUGGAAUAUACCAUUUCUUCUAUCAGUACAACCCCAAAGGUGCGGUUUGGGGCAACAUUGUUUGGGGCCAUGCAGUUUCAAAGGACUUGAUCAAUUGGGAACCAAUUGAACCUGCAAUUUAUCCUUCAAAACACUAUGACAUCAAUGGUGCUUGGUCUGGUUCAGCCACCAUUCUUCCCAACAAUAAGCCAAUAAUUCUAUACACUGGACUUGACUCAAACAGCAUAGAAACCCAAAACUAUGCAGUGCCAGCAAAUUUAUCCGAUCCGUAUCUCCGCAGAUGGAUCAAACCCGGAAACAACCCGCUGAUCGAUCCCGAAAACGAAGGCGGCGUAAAUGCCUCCUCGUUCCGUGACCCCUCCACCGCCUGGCGGCUAAACGGGCGGUGGAGAGUCCUGGUUGGAAGCAAUAGGAACCGUAGAGGGAUUGCUUAUCUGUAUGAAAGUAGGGAUUUCAUUCACUGGACUAAGGCUAAAGACCCUUUGCAUUCGGCUCCCAAUACAGGAAUGUGGGAAUGCCCUGAUUUUUACCCCGUUUCGUUAUCCGGUAAAGAGGGUUUAGAUCCAUCCGACCAUGGAAAACAUGUUAAACAUGUGUUGAAAGUGAGCUUGGAUGUUACCAGGUAUGAUUACUACACAGUUGGAACAUAUUUAACCGAUGAAGAUAAAUAUGUUCCGGAUAAUACUUCAGUUGAUGGCUGCGCUGGCCUUAGAUACGACUAUGGAAAUUUCUAUGCUUCAAAGACUUUCUUCGAUCCUGCAAAAAGAAGAAGGAUUUUGUGGGGUUGGGUUAAUGAAUCUGAUUCUACUGAAGAUGAUGUUAAAAAAGGAUGGGCCGGAAUUCAGGCAAUUCCAAGAAGGGUAUGGCUUGAUCCCAAUAAAAGGCAAUUGAGGCAAUGGCCCAUCCGAGAGUUGAACAGUCUAAGAGGGAAAAACGUUCAACUGAGCCAUCAGGAGCUUAAAACAGGCCAUCAUAUUGAAAUCAAAGGAAUAACAGCUGCCCAGGCAGAUAUAGAUGUUAGCUUCUAUAUUCCAACCCUGGACAAAGCUGAGCCAUUCAAUCCUAACUGGAAAAACGCCGAAGAUCUCUGUGCCAACAAAGGAUCAAAGGUUGAAGGUGGAGUUGGUCCAUUCGGACUCUUCACGUUGGCUUCGAAAAACCUUGAAGAAUAUACCGCCGUUUUCUUCAGAGUUUUUAAAAGCUCAAAAAACCAUGUAGUUCUCUUGUGUUCUGAUGCAAGGAGUUCCUCGUUGAGGGAUGGGCUAUAUAAACCAGCAUUUGCAGGCUUCGUUGAUGUUGAUUUGGCUGAUAAGAAGCUCUCUCUUAGGAGUCUGAUCGAUCAUUCCGUAGUGGAAAGUUUCGGAGGAGGGGGAAAAACAUGCAUAACAUCUAGGGUUUAUCCGACAUUAGCUGUGCUUGACAAUGCUCACUUGUAUGCAUUCAACAAUGGCGAUCAGACCAUCACCAUUAAGAACCUUAAUGCGUGGAGCAUGAAUAAGCCUCAGAUGAACUGAUGGU